GCGCUCGAGGAGUGUAUCAGGCUAGCACCUCUUAUAGUGGUUGUGAACCCCCAUGCAGAGGGGCAGCAGGCCUCGGCUACGGCCAAGUGGUCCCGGCAACUACUAUCGCGGAAAUGUGACUUGACCUGUGUGUCUUCCACGGAAGAGCUCGAGGGCGAUCAUGAACGCUCGAGAGAGGACGCAACGCUCCUCAUAGUGUACCCCCGGAAUGACGCUGAGGCAGUCAAA